UUUAAUAAGUUAUCUGAGUUCAUAAUGUGACGUGUGGAAACGUGUUCGAGGCUCAUCGUGACUCAGCGUGUUUCUGUAUCCGGAGCACUAACGGGGCUGGUAGCAUGUAGCUUAGCCGCUAACACAGCUAGCGAGGAGUUUAGUGUUGUUAUUAAAGUUAGUUUGAUCAGUUCAGGGAUUAAAGUCUCGUUCGUGUCGAGCAUCGAACCGGAACCACUUCCACCGACCUCUCUCUGUCACAAGUGAAACCACAGUCCAACAGAACAUUUUAAAACGAGCUCCAGAAUCAGAUGUUUAAACUGGUGGUUCUGUCUCUCAUCCGGACGACAGGGGAGGGACACGGUGACCAGAUGGAGAACUACAGUAAAGCUCGAACGUCGGAGCAGCCGUCCGUCUGUCCGUUCCCCGGCCUCCCCCCCGACACGCCAGAGGUCCGGGUCAAAGACGGCAGUAAGAUCCGCAACCUGCUGCGCUACGCCCUGAGCCGCAUGGAGGCCAAACCCAGAGCAGCCGAAGAGACGGGAUCCCCGGCGCCAGAGGAGGGAGGCGUGGCAGUGGAGGGCCAACAGGAAGCACCGGGCCAGCCCCUCUGCAAACACAUCAUCUUCACGGCGAGUGGUAAGGGCGUCUCCAAAGCCAUCACCUGCGCUGAGAUCGUAAAGCGGCGCGUGAAGGGGCUCCACCAGCUCACCCGGCUGCUGUACAGCAGCGUGGUUGAGGUGUGGGAGCCGCUGGAGCCCGCCGCCGGCCUCGACAGUCUGACUGUCAACAGGAACCUGCCCGCCAUCUGGAUCCUCCUCUCCAGAGACCAGCCGGACUGUGGCCAGCCCGGGUACCAGGCACCCGGGCGGUACGACGGCCUGUGGGUUCAGUCUGCAAACAGGGAGGAGGGGGGCGGCCUCCCUGCACAGAGACCAGGACACCGGAGGAAGAGGGGGGGGGGAGGAGGCGGCGAAGGCAGCAGUGGCGGCCGAGGAAAGGGCGCCGGACGUAAGACUGUUCGAUCCCGAGAUGCAGCGAAAUGAUGUCGAUUUUCAAAAACUGCAUGAACAGAAAGACUGAACCGCAGAAGCAGCAGGAAGUGACAUCACUGAAGCUUUGUCGGCAGGAAACACGUCUAAGCUACAGGAAGUCGACAUGGUCACAAAGAACAGUCAAAGUCUGGUUCAAUGAACUCAACGUUUCAGUUGAUUAUUAUUUGAUUUGCUCACGGACUUUAAUUUGAAUGACUUGAGGUCGUUUUGACGCCAUUUUUAGUUUCAGAGUUGGAAGAAAGAUCGAAUUGUGAAGUCUGGGAUGUUAAAGCUUUUACUGAGCAGAUGGGACGUGAAGCCGUCGCCAGUCACAGUCGACUGAUCAAAUCCAACUCUGGUGAAUUCUCUCCAGGAAUCAAGUUGAUGAGCUCAAAAAUCUCUUAAAGCAGAAAUCUGAAAAACAUUUCUUGGACCUUCAGCUUUGAGCUGGUGUUUAAAAAGGUUCACAUGAUGCAGAUCGUUGUUAAACUGCUCUAAUGGUUUCCUGCCCUGGUUUCCUGUCUGUUGAAAUGUCUGUACAGUUACAGACUGUGCCUCUGAAAAUAAUAAGUUCUGUUUAUUAAAGAUGUUUUUUUAAUCCUGAAA